CAUCAUACACAAAACUCAUGGCAAUAAAUGCGUCCCAGUACUGAAAGAGCUAAAAACACGAGUAUCUUGAACUGGAGCCUUUGGAAAGCAGUGAUGGUGAGAGAGCAAAGCGUUUCAAAAUACAGGCCCAUUGUGUGACAGUGGAGGAAUAUAAAUGACACUGUGGGUGGUGUGGGUGGAAAAAUGUACAUGUGUGAGGUGAUAGAAAAAAAGACAUACAAUAAAGAAGAACCAAAAGCUGACAGUAUGGGAGGUGUAAAUGUAUCGUCAUGGUGUAACAGCGGUCCGGGUGUUGUGAAGUGGGUGUUGAACGUUGAAACUCUAAGUAUACACCAGGUGAACAGCAUUGACUGAUUGAUUAUUUUCUGCAGCGUUCGUGGAAAAAAAAAAAAAGAGAAGAGAGGUAUGAGUCAACAGAGUCAGCAGAAAGUGUAUGAAAAGUGUAUUGAGUGUACAGCAGUGAAUAUCAAGUGAGAAAUGGUGCUGAUGGUGUACCGAGAGGUGUGUGUGUAGAAGUGAAGUGUGGCGAGUGUAACAUAAGUAAGUAUCGAAGAAGUACAGUCUCGCCUGGUGCACUGAGAAAAAAAGAAAGCAUUGCGCAAAAGGAAAGGGGCAAAAAUGACAUGUACAGGUGAAGUGUGGCGAGUAUAAUGUAAGUAUAAAAAAGAAGUAGACUGUCUCGCCGGUGCGCUGACAAAAAAAAAAAAAAAGCAUUGCGCAAAAGGAAAGAGGGAAAAAUGACAUGUACAGGUGAAGUGUGGCGAGUGUAGCAUAAAAUAUCCAAGUGUGUUCCUGACUGUGUGCUGAGACAUAUUCAAGUGAAGUAUGGCGAGUGUAAUGUAAGUAUAGAAGAAGUAAACUGUCUCGCUGGUGCACUGAGACAUGUUCAAGUGAGAUGUGGCAAGUGUAGCGUGAGAUAUACUAUAGUGUGUUCUCGCUGGUGUGCUGAAACAUGUAGAGAGGAAGAUGUGACGAACGUAAAGUAAAAUAUGGACAAAUACAUUCACUGGAGUGGUGAGGAAGGCAAUGAGUGAGACCGUAUUCUAAAACACAUCUGCGUCACAUUUCCACUAAUUCGAAGGGUUUUUGCAGAAAUAACGCGUUUUUUUUUUCCGGGCGUUUUUACUAUUCAAAUGACAGAAUAUCAUGACUUCUACAUUAUUAACAGGAGAAACAGUAUUGGGAUCCCGGCUAAUUAUCUCUUUGACCUCUGAAAACAGUCAUGAUGAGAGAGCAAAGCGUUUCAGAAUACACGCUUAUCACACACAAACCAGCCAACACUCAUCGAGGAUCUGAAAUGACAAGCUGCAAAGUAAUCAUAGAUCAAGAAAACUGAACAGCGAUAUAGUGCUUAGAUAUGAGAGAAAACAACGCGUGGUGGGCCUUUUUUCAGGUGAAAGGAACUGAACAAUAAGAUAACAAGUCAACACAUGAAAAGAAGACAAAGUAAUAGAUGUGUGAGUGUCUAGGCCAUCAAGAUAAACUGAACAGUGAUAUAAUGCUUAGAAAUCAGAGAAAACAAGGCGUGGUGAACCUUUGCUCAGGUGAGGGGAACUGAACAAUCCCAUGAACAAGGAAACAAAAUAACAGAUGUGUGAGUGUUUGUUCUCUCAAGAUAAACUGAACAGUGACAUAAUGCUUGGAAAUGAGAGAAAGCAGCGUGUGGUGAACCUUUGCUCAGGUGAGAGGAACUGAACAAUAAGAGAAGUCAAACCCAUGAAAAAAGAAUACAGAAUAACAGACGUGUGAGUGCCUGGGCCAUCGAGACAAACUAAACAUAGAGAGAUUAUAUAUAUAAAAAAAAAAAAAGUUUGUUGAUCGCUUAGUCAACUGAGAGAAAUAGAACUAUAAAUAAACACACAAAUAUGAGAUAAGAUAAGAGUGUGAUUGUUUGGCAGACAGCAACGAGUCCAUCUGUAAAGGUGACUCAAAUAAAAGAAGAGAAAAGAGAAACAAGUGAAAAGAAAACUGCGGUCAUUCACUUAUGAAAUAAAAGAAAACACAUUUGGUAUAAUCUUCUCCACUCACAGAAAGGAAGACAAAAAACAUGAAAGGAAAGAUUCUCACCUGUGGCGCCAGUGAUAGGAAGAUAAGAUAAGAUAAGAUAAGAUAAGACAAGAUAAAGUAAGAUAACAUUAUUUUCACAUCGAGACAUAGAGUACAACAUGAAACUCUAUUUGGCAGUGAAUUUAUACCGUGAUGAAAUACAGGGUUUAAAAAUGAGAAGGAGUGUAUUGCGCCAGUAAGGAGGAGUGACCCACAUGAUAAAAGCAGGUUUGUGUAGCACGGCACCGUGGCAUGGCGGCGACACACUAAUGAUAACAGAUACCAAUCAAACACACCACGCUGAGGCUGCCGUGCUGUGUGCUGGUACCAAUUACUGCGGCCAGCAAGAGUGUCAGUCAGAGUGUGGUAAGUGCAAACACCGCCAGUAACAGUGCCGAUGCCAGUUGACAUGGCGGACACUGUAACAUAGACUCGUGUCACAUCUUAUAAGACAGGAAUGGACGCACACACAAACAAACACAGCACUCUCGCCACGGACAUGUUAGCGGGAGUCUUGUGAGUGCCAGUGCCAUCAGGUGCCCCGAGGAUGAGGAUGGCUGGGCAGGAGGACAUUAGCGCGGCGGCACAGCGGCGGCACAUCGGACGGCGCGGUGGGGGAGGCCGCCUGCCUUACCCCACUGACCUCACGCUUAGGAUCGACAACUUCACCUCGGGAGCCAGUACGCCCCUCUACACGCCCGCUCCGCCCAGGCCACAGUACGAGCCGAAGGGUUUCCUGGCGGAGGUGGCACAGGAGCGGCGGCGCGAGGCGAAGGUGUCCAUGCCGCUGUUCCUGGAGGAGGUGCCCUACAGCAGGAUGUCCCUGCCGCCCAUCGUGCCUGUUGAAGUGGAAGGCACUGAGGUGGCGGCCCUCAUCCACACCGCCAGCCACAUCUCCCUCAUAUCGAGCGGCUUGGUGCAGGAGCUGGGCGCGAAGCAGGACGUCCUCCCCGACACUUCCGUCCCGCCCUCUCCCUUAGCGGCAUGUAGCGGCACACCGUGGCUGGUAGAGGGCAAGAUGCGCUACGUGGAGCUUUCCCUGCGCGGCUCCAAACACGUGACGCAGCUGCACGUCGCGCGCGACCUUCCCACGGACCUGGUGCUGGGUGUGGACUUCUUGAGGAAGGCUCGCGUGCACGUCAGCUUCCCGGAGAGUGCCAUCACCCUGCCCAGCAGCGGCACGCAGGAAACCAAGGUGGCCUUCCUCACCAACAAGGAGAUGACGCAACAUCAAAAACGCACCACCAACCCCACAGCCACCAACACCACCACCAACACUGGGGCGGCGCGCUCCUACUCUUCCAAUUACUGACAGUGAGCAGCUGACGUGGCAGCAGGAAGCGGACCAACAACAGAUGAAGAGAACUGUGUACCUCCUACAACUUGUGACGGAGGGCACCAAGCGCUGCACUGUUGAUUCCCUGUGUAGCUACAGACUACUGACCGAGUCCCGCUGCCACUGUGCCACACUCUCUCCCCCCAUCCCCUUUAUACGUAUAGUACAAGUAAAUACACGCUAAAGUCAC